AUGGCUGAUAAGCCCAAGCGGCGAGCGAGUUAUGGCAUCGAGUGCAAGCGCAGGCCAAGUGUCGCCACCACUGCAGACGGUGGCAAGCGCAGCAGAGGCGUGGUUCGGUCAACACGCACCACACCGAGGACGAGCACGUCGACAUCGACGAGCCCUGGACACUCAGCUAUGUACCCAUCGACAAGGACAUCGUCCCCAGCGACGACACCCCCGACAAACUCCAGUGCGUGGCCACACACUGGCGCGACGUCACCGCCCUCGAAUCCAAUGCAAUCCCGACUACGCCACCCAUCGGCCUCACUCAGCUGCCCCUCUCCACCCUGUCCCAUCCCUCAAUAUUCUCCCACACCAACCACACCAACCUCUCCGUCCGCCCGCUGUCUAACGCCGUUCAUGCAUCGCAAUCCAUCCCUUCCACGAACUUCAUCUCGCCCUUCACGUCCAUACGCCAAUCCGUUGAUGCUGCCUGGCGCCUUCCCAAUGCUGCUACAACCUGGAGGCUCACGUCCCAUUUUCCAUACUGACUCGCGCGGUCCACCGAGCGACCUCCCCCUGCCCAUGCCGCCCCAGCUGAAUUCGAGCCGUUCCUCACCAGGCCCCUUCCGCGGCGGCGGCCCGCCCACGCCCGUAGUACUCGAUGACAAUCGCGUACCAUCUCACACGCCGCUUGCGCCCAUGGACGUUGAUCGUAUCUCGCACCCCUCUCGCAAGCACUCCGCCUCGUACCCCCCGUCCUCGCGCGACAGCGGCCCGCGCGGUCCAGCAGGGCAGAGCCUCCUUUUGCAUCACCCCGUGCCUUCGCAGUCUCCCGUUGACGGGAUGCGCCAGUCCCGCCAUGAGCACGCGCGCCCGCUGCGGAUGCCUUCACCUUCCGCCUCCCCUCCGCCACAUGCACACCUUCGCGCACGCUCUCCACAGCACCUCCCACCCUUCAAGCGUGUCGUCGGUCCUGGUCAGACGCCCGGUCCCGUCUCGCGUCGCACCCCCCCUCUACCGUAUUCCCGCGACGAGCGCGAGUCAGGCUGGGACCGUCGCAUUGUCCCCAUCCCUAUUGACCACGCGGAGUGGGAGCGCGAGCGCCGUGGACACCCCCCGAGCGAGUACCCCGUGCACACCUCACCAGCGUACUACGCGUCCCGCCUGCAUUCGCCCCGUGGUCCCAGCCCCCGAAGCCCGCGUGAGCGAAGUCCGGACGUGUCCCCGCGUGCCGUGCAUCCCACGUACAGACCGUUCUGGGAGAAGCCGCCGACGUCGGGCCCGGGCGUGCCUCGCUUGCCACUCCACCCGCCGAUGGAUAUGCACGAGCCCAUGCGGAGGUACGAUUCGCGGUUCGACGCGCGUGAGACACCGAACCAGUACGAGCGUGAGAGGGGCAGGGAGCGUGAGCGCGAGAGAGAAAGGGAGUCGAUGGUUGUGCUCGACCCGCGGGACCCGCGGUACGUGCCCUCGCCCGAUGUGCGCGCACGCGGUCUUCCGCCGCCAGGGCACUGCGCGUACGAGAGCCCACAGAUUCCCCUGCAGACCGUCAGCGUCGGCCCCGCCGAACCCAAGGAGCGUAGACGGCGCACCGGGAAGGAGAGGGACGCCGAAUCAUCCGCAGGCUCCACCUCCGCGCCUGCAGCUGACCCCCCGCCAAAGGAGCGCAAACGUCGCGUGAAUGCGAUACGCGUCAAGGAGGAGCCGCAGCGCGGGGACAACCCCGCGGGCCCGCUGUCGUUCAAGUACCGCAAGACCGUCGGCAGCCCCGAGCCCGCGAGCGCUGGAUCGGGCAGAUCCGUGCAGCCGUCACCCACAGGCUCUGCGCACCUCCCUCCGGUACGUGUUGUGGACGAGGAUUACGACGAGGGUGUAGCGGAUGCGCUGAUGGGCCUGUCUCAGUAUCCACGCGCGUUCGGCCCCGGUCGUGCACCUGGCGCGUCGCCAAGAACGUCGAUCUCCUCACGCUCUCCCCCAGUCGGCACCAAGCGUCCCCUCAGUCCUGCGCUGACCGACGAGCACGCAGACAAACGUUCACGUGUGGGCAGCAUUAGCGGGCGGCCGACUUCGCACUCCAUCUCGUCCAACUCGAACGGCAACUCUGGCGGACGCCCGACGCCGACGCCCUCGAUGCGCACCUCGCCGAUCCCGUUCCAUCAACAGCCGUCGUCGCACUCGCCGGAGACGCGACAGACGCUCGACCGCCCCUCGUACCCGCCCUCACCGUCCCUUCCACCGUCACUCCCUAUGAUGCUCCCACCGCACCCGCGUCCGAUCGGCGCGGGUCUCUCGCACGCCCCACCGAUGACCCUACCACCGCUUGCACACCCGCCGGCGCCGGCGGUGGUCAGCCCCCAGCGUGACAGGGACGCGGAUGGGGACGAGCGCAUGCACUCGCGCUCAGCGUCGCCGCCACGGGGUGCGAAGCGUGACAUCGUGCCGCACGGCACUUCCGUGCCUGCGUCUGCUAGCGGGUCGCCCUCAGCGAAAGCCACUCCGUUGCCGGCGUCGAGCAAUGGGCGUGCGGGGCCCAUACCAUGA